GUUUGGCGUAACACCUUUCCACACGCGUUUUGCGUUCUGCUCUAAUCAUGGACAAGCCAAGGUCCCUUCUGAGUUUGGUACUGGUAUCAUUGGCGUUGUCGAUAUCAAGUGGAGAAAGUGCUGAAAUACAUGUGGAAGGCCAAGGAGGAAAAUUGGCAAAAAACGUGUGUUACUUUUCAAACUGGGCGACAUACAGGGAGGGCAUCGGAAAAUACACUGUCGACGAUAUUCCAGUCGAUAAAUGCACCCACAUCAUCUACUCGUUCAUCGGAGUUUCUAAUGUAACUUGGGAAGCCCUUGUACUUGAUCCAGAGCUCGAUGUGGAUCAGAAAAACUUUGACAAGUUUGUGAGUUUGAAAUCGAAAAAUCCCAAGGUGAAAGCCAUGGUUGCUGUUGGUGGGUGGGGAGAAGGGGGCAAGAAGUAUUCUCAGAUGGUAGCUGUCCCACAGAAACGGGCCAGUUUCAUCGUUAGCGUAGUUCGUCUGUUGCAAAAAUACAAGUUUGAUGGACUUGACCUUGACUGGGAAUAUCCUGGAGCGUCUGACCGAGGUGGAAGUUACAGUGACAAAAACAAUUUUUUAGACUUUGUGCGUGAAUUGAGAACUACAUUCCACAAAGUGAACAAAGCAUGGGAAAUUACAAUGGCAGUGCCACUUGCAAAAUUUAGAUUAAAUGAGGGUUACCAUGUACCAGAGUUGUGCAAAUUAAUGAAUGCAGUUCAUGUCAUGGCGUAUGAUUUGAGAGGUAACUGGGUGGGAUAUGCAGAUGUACAUACUCCAUUGUACAAACGACCUUUUGAUCAGUACGGUUAUGAAAUGCUAAACGUAAACGAUGGUUCAACCUUGUGGCAAGAUAUGGGAUGCUCACCGGACAAACUAGUAAUUGGAAUGGCUUUUUAUGGAAGGUCAUAUAUUUUAGGGGAUCCUGCUAAUACGAAGCCUGGUGCAUACAUUGUAAAAUACGAAAAUGGAGGUGAUCCUGGAGAAUAUACGAAGGCACGAGGCUUUAUGAGCUACUAUGAGAUUUGCUUAAGACUGAAAUCUGGAAAUUGGACAAGGAAAUAUGACGAAGUAGGGAAAGUUCCGUACAUGUUUUACGGAAAAAAUUGGAUUGGUUACGAGGAUGCAGAUUCACUAAAGAUCAAGAUGGACUGGAUAAAGCAAAAAGGAUUUGCAGGAGCUAUGAAUUGGGCAAUAGACAUGGAUGACUUUCGAGGUGUCUGCGGGACGCGAGACGUACUAAUCGAUGUCCUUUGGAACAGUAUGCAGAGCUACGUUGUCCCAAAAGUAACCGCAAAACCAGAUAAUCGACCUGAGUGGCAACUGCCUCCGCCUUCAAGUGAAAAUCCAAACAUAAAUCUAGGUCAGAUAUCAACAACCACCACGACAUGGAGCUCAGGGACAACAGAUCCGUCUAGCGGUCCCGUGACCACUUGGAGGCCACCACGCCCCACAUCAAACCAGCCUCCAAGUAGUACCACAACUGCAACGCCAACAACAACCACCGACGUUCCAGAAACUACCACGACCGCAGUUACAGAGUACUCAUCAACUUCUGAGGACUAUUUUUCUUCGUCGUCCUCCACCACCACGGAGGACCCAACGUCUGUGGAUUGUUCCAAACAAGAUUUUCAUCCACACCCCACGGAUUGCAGCAAGUACUAUUGGUGCGUGUUUGGAAAGCCGUACGAACAUGCAUGUCCUGGAGGAACUGAAUGGAACCAAGAAGGACGAUAUUGUGGUUGGCCAACAGAUCCCAACAACAAAUGCGCAUCUCGAGAUUUCGACGACUCCAAUGCCAUUUGAAACGUAAAUGGAAUUGCAUUCGAGCAUUUAAUUUUCAUAUCUCGCCUCACGUAACAGGUCAAUUACAGCAAUAAUUAUAAUAAAUUAUACUCCACUUGCGUAGCGUAA